AUGGCUGAAGAUCUCUCAUCAACGCCCACGAAAGGGGGUGAAGAGCAUGUGGAGAAGCCAUCCCUCAACGAGAAGACCGCUGUGUAUGAACACGCAAAAUCCAAGCACCAUGACCCCAACUGGACGGGCGAAGGGUUGGACACCUCGCACGUUGACCCUAAAAGGGUCCUGCGCAAAAUGGAUUUACGCCUGAUCCCCAUGCUUGCAAUCCUAUACCUACUCUCUUUCCUCGACCGAGGCAAUAUUGGCAAUGCGAAAAUCCAGGGCAUGGAAACUGACUUGGAUCUUUCUGGAAACGAAUACAAUCUCUGCGCAACUGUUUUUUUCUUCACCUACUGUGCUUUUGAAAUACCAUCGAACUUGUUAUUGAAGCGUCUCAGGCCUUCUGUAUGGUUACCGUCUAUAAUGGUAGCAUGGGGCACGGUCAUGACCUUGAUGGGCCUCGUGCAAAGUUACCACGGCCUUCUCAUUGCUCGUAUCUUCCUCGGUGUCACUGAAGCAGGACUUUACCCUGGUGUUGCCUACUAUUUGACAAUGUGGUACUGCACUGAAGAUCUUGCUUUCCGCCAGAGUCUCUUCUUCAGCGCUGCAAGCGUGGCCGGUGCCUUUUCAGGUUUACUUGCGUACGCCAUCGCGAAGAUGGAUGGAGUCGCCGGUCAAGCAGGCUGGAGAUGGAUAUUCAUCCUAGAGGGCAUUGUGACUGUUGUCGUUGCCUGCGCAGCUUUCUUUCUCUUAUACGACUUCCCAGACACCGCAAGCUUCUUGAGUCCCGAGGAGAAGGCCUGGGUUGUUCACCGGUUGAAAUACCAAGGAAGCAAAAAGAGCGGAAGAGUGGUUGCUGAGAGUGACCACUUUGACUGGAAAUUUGUUGGCAAAGGCAAGUCCUUCCACGCACCGCUCACUGAUUGGCAACUAUACCUGUCACUUUUUAUGUACUGGGGAAUAGUUUGUCCGCUUUACGGAAUAUCGUUCUUCCUUCCGACCAUCAUCAAGGAACUUGGGUACAAAUCGACAACGGCACAGCUUCUGACAAUUCCGAUCUAUAUCUCAGCCGCAAUCUUGGCCGUUAUUGUCGGGUGGUCAUCUGACAGAGCAACCAAGCGAGGCGCCUCACGCUGGCCCUAUAUUUUCAUUCCCAUGUGCGCCAUUUUGGUCGGUUUCAUCAUCGCCAUUGCUGGCUCUGCCGCAGGAGAUAUCCCUGGCGUGGUGUAUGCUGGUGUAUUCAUCGCCACAUGCGGAAUCUACCCUGCUUUCCCGGGCAACGUCACUUGGAUCGCAAACAACCUCGCAGGGAGCUACAAACGAAGUGCUGGAAUGGCUCUACAGAUCGGUCUCGGCAACCUUGGAGGAGCCAUGGCAAGUAAUUUCUAUCGCAGCGUCGAUGCACCAAAGUAUUUACUUGGCCACGGUUUGGAAAUCAUGUUUGUUGUCUUGGGCCUGGCGGCCGUCGUCACACUGAGGAUCUCAUAUGGAGUGAUCAACAAGAAGAGGGAGCGCAGUGGAGCAGCUGAAGGUUACACAGACGAACAGCUUGCAGAUCUCGGCGACAAGAGCCCGUCGUUCAGAUACACACUUUAA